GACAAAACCCGCAACCCCAACUGUUAGUAACACUCCAGUAAGAGCCUGUGUGAAUGGUGCUAGGAUUACUAAUGUUGUACGCUCACCAUGUAUUAAUGGAACUCAAGACAAAGUUACAAUUGAAAUGGAGAUUUUGGAUAUUGAUGAAAAAGCAAAAAUAUUUACUAGAAGUGAAGAAAAUCUGACUCAAUAUCAGAAGGAAAUUAAUUCAGCUAGCAUCGAACUUUGCCGUAUAAACCCAACCUUAUUGAUGGGUGGGAAGGGAGAUCUCCUUAAGCUAGCUAGAGAGAGAGUGCACAAUAAUGGCUAUAUCUACAAAAAAGGUAAAAGUCGAGCAAAGCGAGUGUGUUCCUCAACUGAUGAUGUUAGUACUUCUGAAAGUGGUAUAGCUGAAGGUGGUAAAGCAAAACGAGUCAGAAUUGAUGGGCAUGAAAGAGAGUUAAGAAUCGAUCAUUUACUCGAUCAAAUUGCUGACAUAGAAAAAAGAAUUACAUUUAAACAGUGCAGAAUCGAUUCUGCUGCGGCCUCAAGCAACUUUAAAGCUUGUGACGAGCUCUCACAAGAAUUGUCUGACUUAAAAACCCAAAAGCAUGAACUAAAUUGCUUGUUGGUUCCACUUCAAAAAAAGUCAGCAAAAUCUGCCUGGUAUUAUAGAAUGAAGAAACAAAAGAAUGGAGAUGAAGCGGAUGUUAGUGAUAAUUUGUUGGAUACAUCACGGGAGACUAGUGUAGAGUCUAAUGAUGGAAGUGGCCCGAGUUUUUUACAUCAGAGCCUCCCUACAGAGACUCAACAACAGCUACAGUAGGGAGGCCACAUGAUCUUUUGACUAUAUAUAAAGAACAAAGUAAACGUAACCUUACUCCAGUUGUAAUAUGUGAUGGUAUUUAUGUAACUGCAUUUAAAGGCCUUACUUUAACUGAUUAUAUUGAAACUAGGAAAAGUUACUGUUCGUCUUAUCAUAAUCGUUGUCCUUGUAAGUGUUUAAAACUGUUGUAUGUUGCUGAAACUAUUUGUACUACAGGAUUUCUAAAGCUAAAAGAAGCAUUUACCAUUUCAUUUCCUACUACAAGUUAUAAUUCAUUUAGUGCAAGACGUCUAUUUUUGCAAAUGCCACUGGUAUGUUUACGGCUGGACUUUAUGCCUGGCAGAAGUGAGUGUGUUUUAAUCGAAUACCAUGAGGGUGUUAACUACAAAAACCUCUUGCAACUUCUUCAAAAUGUAAUUCCAAAGUCUUCAGUUGCAAAAAUGGAUAAAUCUCUUCUUCAGUCAUUGCUAGGUCUUUGUCAAAGUGACAGAGAGAAAGAAUGCUUACGCUUUGCAGUCUUUAAAGCUUCUGGCUUAAGUUCUACACAAGCUCGUGCACAGUUUGGACUUGAAAAUAUGAAUUUGCGAGCAAAAAAGGUGGAAGAUUCUAUUAUUCAUGCACAGUACAUUCGCACUGCUAUAGAGAAGUUAGCUUUGACUACUGAAAAAGCAGUACUACAAAGUCUUGGGCUGAGUUGUGGUAAUGAAGAAUUAAUUAGUGAAAGUAGUGAUGAAGAAAGCAGUGAUGUACCUACUCAAUGCAGCAAUUCCUCUCCUCUCACUCCUACUAACUACCCAGCUUCUCCUUCUUGUACUGAUUUCUCUCUCAAUGAUAUGAAUGUUAUUGUCCAAGAGUGUCAGCUAAACUGGUUUGAAAUAGUUGAACAGUUAGAGAAAAUGUAUGGUACUCAGUGUAGUCAUAUUAAUCACAUAAAAGAGUCAAUUGAACAUUUGAAUAUUAGUGUACGUGAGAAAGAGAAGCUAAGAAUAUCCUAUCAAGCAUUUAUGUUAGACAAAGAGGAUCAAGCUGCAAGUCAAAGAGAAGCUGAUAUUUAUAAUGGAGAAAUUGUCACAGAAAGCGAUAGUGAUGAUCCCAAUGCAAUUCUAGCUGCAAGGACUCCUCUCGAUCCAUGUUUGAAGAAAACAAUAGUGAAAAAGAGGCUCUCUGUUAAACGGUGGGCACAACGCUUAAAAGCCAAACGAAUUGAAGAGCAGCAUUUUCUUGGGCGUCAAGUUUCGAAAAGACAUGACUCAAUAGUUACAAAAUAUCCAGAUAUUGGAGAAACGAUUGAAUCCUUUGUACAGGACAAUAAUGUUGGGGCUGAAGCAUGGCGAAGGACGGGUGUGUUGACGUUUGAUGGGAAUGUAAAGAAGAAGCAGAAGAUCACAUAUGAAAAAAUUAGAAAGCAUCUAGAAAGUAUUUAUGGAAGGAAAUUUUCCUAUGGAACAGUUGUACAAUUAUGUGUCGCUAGAAACAGACGGCAUAGAUCGUCUUCUCGUUACAAAGGUGUUGCCAAAGUAACUACAAGACGUGCAAGAAAAGGCUUCCAGUUACGCUAUAACCCUGAUUUUCAUUGGUCAAAUGCCUUAUAUUCAGGACUCAAUUUCAUUCAGCUUGUUGAUGGAAGUGAUAUAUUAAAUAUUAAUAGAGACGAUGCAUCAGGAUUCAGGCUGGAUACUUUAGCAACGCACAAGCAAUAUGCUGUACCAACAGUCACAGGCAAUAGUGUUCUUACCACACAUACUGACUAUGUUACUAAAUAUCCAAGUGUACUUCAAACCACGUCCUACAAUUUUUCAAAAACAGGUAAUACACCUGAAGUUUGCAUUGGUGUGGUGAAGGCCCUUCCAGUUCAUUCGAAAAGUCCUGCGCAACAUGCAGCUGAUUUUGCCAUGUUAAUGAAGAAAGAAGAAUUUAAUUCUGUAUUUUAUUCACCAAGUGGUCAAGCAAAGAGUAUUGUGUGUGCACGAGUUGACGGUGCAACAGAUGAAGGUCCAGCUCAUGAAGAAGUGCAGUUUUUUUGGACACUAGAUCAUAUACAGAAUGAGAGGGUGGCAACUCUAGUAACUGCUCGAAGCAGU